AUGGCACAAAGUUCGAAAGAGCAGUCUGGUUCUGAAGGAGAAUUGCCUCAGUUGCCUCCCAUGUCUGAACGUAUGAGAUUGACUAGUGGAGGAAAAUCAUCAAAGCCACCCAAGACACAGAAGAAGAAAUCCGAGUCUGAAUCCGAAGAACAAGAUGAUGAUAUUCCCUCAGCUCACAGUCAGCCUGAGGAUGAACUGGUCACUGACGCCGUGACACUUUUCUUUGAUGGAAAUCCCAAAAAGGGUGGUCGUGGCAGAGAGAAGAAUACAACUGCCGAGAUGUCUGAUCCCGAAAGUUAUAAAACUCCACCUGGAGUUGAAACAACAACUGAGAGAAAUAACAGGCUGCAAAGGAUUCAACAUCACUGGGCGAAGAAAUGGUUCAAUUAUGAAAAUGUUCAGAGGAAAUAUCAAAUCAUGUUUGCUUUCACUCCACCUUGGAAUGACUUCAUAGCUGAGAAUUGCAUCGGCCCAGAUGAUGAAAAGGUCAGGCCUCCACCACCUUCAAAUGCUCAUGCAGAUUCUCUCAAAACCAUCGCUAAUUUUCCCGAGGAAGUGGAAAAGAGAGACAAGGCCAAAGCCAAGUGUGAAUCGAAGGUUGUGAAGAAAAAUCAAGUCGAAGAAAGAAACGUCGCGCUGACUCAGCAAGACAUACAGAAGAAAAAGUAUCGUGCUUCAAAAGGAAGCAAGUCAGGAAAGUCAGUUUCCCCUCGAGCUCCCCGAAAGAAAUGUGUCACCACAAAAUCAAAGAAGGCCGCUUCUGACUCGUUUGAUGAGUCUUCUGAAGAAAAUGCUCCCGAUGAAAUACCUAUGUAUGAUCAACGUGCUCUUCUCAACAAGCCAUACAAGACUCCCUCACCGGUGAAACUUUCACCCCCUCUAAGAAUCAAGGAAGAAGAACGUCAGAAGGCUAAGGCAAGAGCUAGCAAGCCAAAGGGAAUCAAAGAUCACCGCAUUCAGAAUGUUGCUACUGAUGCUCCUAUUGACUCAAGUACUCCUCUGCAGCAAAUUCCACCAUCCCCUCCUCACGAGGAUGAACCCAUGCAGCAAGUUGAGCCAGUAGUGGUCGUCAUACCUACUCCAGCUGCCCAAGAGCCUGAUGUGGUCGAUAUCUUUCUGAACAAGUCUGAUGAAGAAAAUGCCUUGCCUAAGCAGCAAGUCAUGGAUGAUAAAACUGAUGAAGAGAUUGAGGUUGAGAAAGCAGUUCCAUCGCCUCCGAAGGAAAUGCAAGCUGAGCCCUCCAGAUCCAACAAGAAGGAGAAUGACAAGGUUGACGGGGAGCUAAAUGCUUCCCGACACAAAAUCACCCCGGUCACAUCAUCUGGUGCCCCUACUCAGAUGGAUGUUGAUCUUGCUCCUGCUUCCACUGCACCAUAG